AGUGUAUUUAUGUCUAUCGAAUAGACGAUGGAGAAGUUUUAUUAGGCGUUACUCAGCCAUAAAGAUUUUUGUUACAUUUCACGGUGAUGAAUUUUGGGCUUGAAAUAUUUUUAAAAGCUUUUAGAAUCUGCUUCAUGUAUAAGUUCGACUUUUCGAUUACUUGAAUCUGUGUUUGCACUAAGUACGAAAGUGAAAUUUGUUGAUUUAAAGUCAUCAUUGACACACACUGUCUUUGAUUUAUUGUCAGAUAACCAAGUUUUCGGAUUCCUUUUGAUUUACAGUUUUAAGAGUGUACAUUAUUUCAGAGAUGUUAAAAAGUGGUUCUCAUUUGUGGUAUAAAAAUAAGUGGAUCUAUUAAAACAAAACCUGUCUAGUGACUAUUUCCUUGUCACAUGCUUUAAGACUUUUUUUCGACCAAGUGCUUUAGUGUUUUUUGUGUGUGUUUGGUUCUUUGUUUUUUGGGAGGUUAUUAAAAUUUGACGUUAUAAAGAUGUGGACUUAAGUGCCAUCGCCGUUAUUCUUUAUUCAUGUAUAACCAGUACGGUGACUUGGACCCAAGGAUGCUGAGUUGCAUGCCGGAAGACCCGAUAUCGGCGAUCGCGUACAACAGCCACCCCCACCCUCAUGGCUUUCGGAUCAACAACAUACACCUCCGAGGACUCGCAAACACACAGGUGCCGCACACCGGACCUUCAAACAUUCCGAUACACAACAAUGCAUCGCCGGAGAAUAUGUACAUGCAGCGACAACAUAACAUGCAGUACGGGGACAAUCCUCAUAUGAUGCACACAACAUUACCAGACAGUCCGCCAGAUUCCGAGCCAUAUUCUCCUCCCGAUGGUCACCCGAACGGGCACACGAAUGGUCACCAGAAUGGACUCACAAAUGGUCACUCCAACGGGCAUAAUGGCGUGCAGACCUCGGUCCAGACAAAUGGACACGUGAACAUACACACCACGAGUCACAACCAUAACCACAACCAGCCUAAUACUCAUCAAGACAACUCGAAAUACACUUUGACGUCCACUCCGACGACGAUGCACUCCCAUAUGUACCCAGCGCAUCACCGCCCCCCAGGGAUGGGAGGUCUUGUUGGGGGCGGACACAAGCCACUCGUCACAAUGCCCGGGUAUCACGACCCUAGCCUUCACCCGCCCAUCUCUCACCCUGCCUCCCUUCCGCCCGUCUCGCUAAAUAUCCCACCAAACACACCCGGACUGCCGCCCGGUAUUAACCCACAAAUACUCACUUCAGGAAAUCUCAGCCCCCAGAACAAAAAGAGGAAGCACUUGGAAUCACCCAAUGGAGGGAUACCAGGUGCUAUCUUCACCAGAAAUGGACUGCUCCAAAACAUCAAACAAGAACCAAAUGCGUUUGCUAACGCGGGUUACAUGGCUGAUGGUGAUGAUGACUACAGCAACUAUGACCCUGGUGAUGGCAGUAAUGGCUACGACAACGGUGUCUACCAGGUGAUCAAGUGGAGCCCCAACCAGAAACAAAACUGGGUCACCCUCACUGACGCUAACCUCAAAGACUUGCCAAGUCCCCAAUAUCGCGUGGACGCCGACAAAGGCUUUAACUUUUCCACGUCAGAUGACUCGUUCGUCUGUCAGAAGAAGAAUCAUUUUCAAAUCACUACUCACAUCGGCAUCACUGGUGACCCCAAGUAUGUCAGAACGCCAGAGGGCGUUAAAAAAAUUGACCACUUCUGCCUACACUUUUAUGGCGCUAAGGUUGAAUCCCCUAGUCAGACGAUAAAGAUUGAGCAGUCCCAGUCUGAUCGAAGCAAGAAGCCGUUUAAACCAGUCAGAUGUUUCCACAGGGUCGACGUGUUGCCGGAACAGGUGUCCAAAAUGACGGUUGGCCGGCUCCACUUUAGCGAGACGACGUCAAACAACAUGCGGAAAAAGGGACGACCCAACCCAGACCAGCGAUAUUUCAACCUUGUUGUUGCGAUGCACGCUCACUCAGGAGAGAGUAGCUACAUGGUCGUCGCCAGUAUGUCCGAGAAAAUUAUCGUUAGGGCAUCAAACCCUGGGCAGUUUGACAGUGAUAUUGAAGCAACUCAGUGGGCGAAGGGUGCCGUACCUGAUUCCGUGUAUCACCAUGGCAACGUGGGCAUCAACACGGACCGACCCGAUGAGGCGCUAACAGUGCACGGGAAUAUCAAGCUCACCGGACAGAUAUUUCAGACGUCAGAUAUUAGGGCAAAACAGGACCUUGUUGAGGUGGACUCCAAAGAACAGUUAAAAAAGGUUUCUGGAAUAAAACUGUAUAACUACAAAUACAGCGCAGAUUACGCAGACCAUGUGGGUUUACCUGAGGACAAGCGUAAAGACACUGGUGUAAUCGCGCAGGAAGUGCGGGACAUUCUUCCCGACGCGGUGGUCGACACGGGUGAUGUGAGGUUCAAGAACGGCGGAGAGAUUAAGAAUAUGCUGGUUGUAAAUAAGGACCGUAUCUUCAUGGAAAACGUUGGUGCUGUUAAAGAGUUGUGCAAACUAACGGACAAUUUAGAAGUCAGAAUUGACGAGCUGGAAAAAAUGAACAGUAAACUGUCGAAACUUAAAAGAUUUGACUCCCUGAAGUCAACAGUUAGCUCAAAGUCGGGUUGUAGUGUCAGUACUGUUAGUAGCAUUGCACCAAAGAAGCAAAUAUCGCCAUCAUCAAAAACAACAACAUCAUCAUCGUCAUCAUCACCAGAAAAGAAACAGCAACAACAACAGCGCCAGCAAAAGGAGCAUCAUCAUUGCCACAAGCCCCACCACCAGUCAAAGUCGUGUUCCCGUAGCAGGACCUCCCCACCCCCUGCGCCACAGAACAACAGCUGGUGCAGCAACCGAUUCAUCCAAAUCACCAUUAUCAUCCUCAUCUGCAUAAUGGCUUUCUGUCUCAUUGCAAUCACAAUUCUGUACAUUUUGGAGCGACAAAAGGAUGACACAGGCAACAGCGGAACCACCAUACACAACCACUUUCUUUCUCCAGGUGAAGGAAAAGCUGGUAACAGUACGCUGACAAAACCUCCCGAGCCCACGCUGACAUCCGCUCGCUUUUCCACGGCCUCAAGUUCUUUGCCGCCAUCAGCAGUUCCAGUGACUGCACCAUGUGAAACUAGUUCUACCAAUACAUGUACCCAGUUGUGCUGUGGCCAGCAGGAUGACCCUGGGCGUGACAUUACAGGAUACAAAACAUUCCUAAAUGACAUUAAUAGGCGGAAAUUUCAUAUCGGCGGGCCGGAUGUACCAUAUGAUGUGCCAGGAAGUACCAAAAGUACAAAAAUUCCGGUGUCGGUAAUCAUCAGUCAGGACGGGCAGUUCCAGAAGACGCGGUUUGAGACAGGAGGGGAGUCCAACAACGAGCCCUCGGAGGGGCCGUACAGGAUAUACAGACGGCGUAGGGACACGGUGGCAGGUUACCGACGAGAUUUCCAGGCCCAGAUUUCCGUACCGGAAUGGAACUUCACUCUGUCAAGCAUCUACAUGGAUGAAAGAUUUUCCAUGGACAACAAUUUCACCUUCGACAUUCCAUAUAGCCAGUUCUUCGACACUGAACAUCUAUACACGCUCAAGUUUGUUGUUGGUGAGGGCCAGCAAGUUUAUCUGUGUCACCGAGGCGUCGAGGAGGACUGCUCUAGCGGGAAAAAUGAGACGGCAAUGUCUCCAUCAGCCCUGGAGUGGAAGAUCCCAUUAACAAGAUAUAGAAGCAGUUUCUUCAGGUUCAAGGUCACUGUCGAGGGCAACACCAGAACAUGUGAAGCUCCUGCGAACGAAGACUCAACAGAAUACAAUCUGCUCUUCGUCAGAAGUUGCGUAAACGACUAGCUUUUUAAUUUUGAAUUAACAAUAGACGAAUAGUGAAUGAAAUACAAACUUUACAAUUUUAUAUAUUUACUGUAUUGACAUUAAAUCACUUGUGUUUUUUAAUUGGAUAAUAUUCCGUAUAGAAUAUUUACUGCUGAUAAAAAUUUAAAUGUUAAUCUCUAACCAAGGGAUGCAAUUUGAUUGCAUGUUAAAAUCAAUUAUCAUUAUACAUGUGUAUGUGAUUGUUUGUAUUAUUGCAUGUUCAUUAAAUGUAACAAUUAAUUUUAUAAUGUUGAUCUCUAGUGGUAAUGUAAAAAUGUACAGAUCGAUCUAUUAAUUGUGAAGCCACAAUUUAUAAAUAGUUUCUUUGGCCUAAUUAGACUGAUUCACAAGAAAACCUGUGACCCAAACACCGUAGAACUUUUUAUGUUGUUUUUUUCCAUUACAAAAUAAAGCAGUAAUAAAGUAAACAAACAAAAACAAAUCCCAAACCCACCCCUCAAAAUGUGGGUGGGGUAAGGCCAAAAAAAAGUAUGUUUUAAUUGUGUCUGAAAUCGAAAAUUGUUAGAGACUUGAGUGUAUUACAACUUGUUGAUUUUAUUUUGUAUCAUAUUAAUGUGUAUAUUUAAAAAAAAGCAGUAAGUGUUAUUUUCUUGUUUGAAAUAUUUUGAAUUUAUAAAUGUAAACAUUUGACCAAAGAAUGAAAGUAAUGCUCAGUGGUUUAACUUAGGAGAGUAGGGCAGUAGGCCCAAUGGCAGUUGACCUAAUUGUUGAAUUUGUUUUAUUUUACAUGUAUAAUUUAUGACUUAUAUAAUUUUAUAUGUUUUAUUCCCAUAAUGCCUUAUGGUGAUAUCAGUGGCUUGGUAAUGUUUUUCUUGUUAGUUUUAAUAUUAUUUUUGCUAUAUAAUUGUUGUUGUUGUAUUUAUAUUAUUAACUUGUGUAAAUAUUUUGCUGGUCCCAAUCUGUGCUUGUCAUAAAAUAGUUUUAGCUUGUCUGUAUUUUAAAAAAAAAUCUUGGUAUUGUGAUAGCCUUGGAGGGGUACUCGGUGUUGGCGUAGUUUUGUAAAAGUGCAAGAAACCUUAAAACUUGGCCAUAACUUAAAAACUGUUCAAGAAAUUUAAAUGGAACUUGGUACACAUUUUGCCAAAAACGUUUAUGUACAGCAAGACCCAUUACUCUGGCUUAAAUUAAUGUUGGAAUGUACGCAUUGUAUAUAUUGAAAUAUGCAGAUAAGCAUUAGCAUCUGCCCUGCAACUCCCUUUGUUCAUAGUGUGCUAUUUGUAACUCAACUGCAUUGGAUUAGAGAAUUGUGAAUUGUUUUGUGACCGAACUUACUAUAAUGGGAUUAUUUGUUUAGAAAGCCUUUAAAGGGACUAGACACCAGAUGGUUCCAAAAUUGACAUAUUCAGUAUUUCCUCAAAAAAAAGCCUAGAAUUGUCAAAACAAGCUAGUAUAAGGCUGAUAAUACAUCACUUUACAUGAUUAAAAAAAUAGUUUGUCGCUUACCUGUUUUAAAAUAGCGCAUAAGGGUAUCCUAGUUUAUAGUGUGUAUAAUUAGCAUGUGAUUAGUUCAGAUACAAAUAUCAACGCUAUUUUUAAAAUAACAUGGUCAACAUGAAGCCAGUAAAUUUUGAAUUGGAAAAAUAUGCAAAAACUGUAAAAGAUGCACGUGUCUUAAUUGAUGUGAUAUAUCAGUAAGUAAGAUUCAAUGUAUUGUACAAAAUGAUAUCAAUUUCAUGUUAGUUUUUGACAAUUUUCUUUUGUUUUUGCAAUUGUAUCUUCUGGUGUUAAGUCCCUUUGAAGUAAAUGCACAUUUGAUUAAAUAUAAAAGAAGAUAAUAUUAUGAAAAUUCCUAUAUAUUUGUUUCAUUUAGUUCUAGUUUAUAUAAAGUUAAACAUAUAUUUGCUUUUAUUUUUCCAUUUAAUGCAAAGGGAAUUGAUAAAACAUGGCCAAGAAUGUAGAAGAAGAAUCAAAAUGAAUCAUUGUACAUUGACAUACAGUAGUAGAUUUAUGCAAUAUAAUAAUAAUUGAUUUCCAAUGUGAUUGCUUCUUCAAAUUUCUAUUUCAUUCAUUGUAUUGAAUUCAUCUAUUAUUGAUUAUUGAUUAUUGAUAUGAUUACCUUCAAUAUCAGCAUCAUCUUCAGUAUUUGAACUUUACUUUUUUUUUCAAAAAUUGCAAGUUAAAAGCUGCACAAUAUAGUGUGAUAAAAACAAAUUAACCAAUUUUAAGCCAUCAUAUCUGAAUAAGUGUAUACAUGUAUAAUUAUGCAAUUUUUCUAUUUUUACUUGUAUCAAAAAGUAUAAUAAGAUGCAUGAUAUAUUUUCUUAUACAUGUUUAAUGUGCAAUAAAUAUACUCAUGGCAUGUGUGCAGAAGUAUGUUGUUGAAUAAUGAACUUCAUUUUUGGGUAUCAUAAUAAAUUUUGUUGAUGUAUUUUUAUCAUUUUGUUUCAUAUUUUUUCAAAAUUGCAGUUAAUUCAUGUUUGCAUCUAUAAUGUUAGUUUCUUCUAUUUUUAAUUUACAGUUGAUACUCGCUGUGUCAAACUGUUCUUUAUGUUCUGGUUAUGUCAAACUUUUAUUGAAUGUGUUAAGUGAGACAUGUUUUAGAUUUCGGUUAUAUCAAAUUUUCGUUACCCCGAAGUAUUUUCCAAGGCCCCAUUGACUUUGACAUAGCUAGUUUUGACUGUAAAUACAAAACCAUUGUUCAUUGAUCUUCGAUACACUUAAUGUAAAUCAAUACUAAUAGAGAAAUAGAUUUAAACCGGACAAUAUUGUUUUACACUUGAUAAAUACACAUAUUGGAGCAUAUUAAUUUUAAUGCAUUUUUAAGUUAAACUCAUUUGACUUAAAUAAUCAAUACAAAACAAACACUUAUAAUUUGUGUAAAGAUAAAAACGUAUUAGCGACAUUUUGGCGCUGUUGAAAACUGGGGAAUUAGUGGCCAUGUUACUAUUGAAUGAAAACCCUGUGUAUAAAGGUAUUUUUUUUAAAUAAUUUAUAGGCUUCUUUUGGUGUUGGCACCACUAGCAUAGCACUAGCACCCCUUUGAUUUUUUAAUCACAAUCAACUGUCAAUGUACCUUUGAUAUUUUGAUUGUCAUAUUUCAUUCACUGUUCAACAUAAAAAUUAUUAUAAAAACAAUGAACAUUUUUUUUAAAUUACUGUUGAUUAGUGAACAAAAAUGCAUUCUAUUACUAUGUUGAAGUAUUUGUUGAGUUAUUUCCCAUGUUUGACAGCGACAAAACAGCAAUCUUCCUAAAUUUUUGCCUGUGUUAAAGAUUGAAUGAUAUCUAAUAAGAUAUUGAAGAAAAUUCAUAUGUAAUGUACAUGUAAUAUUCUAUUAUUUUUGUUGCAUUUAAUCAUGUUUUUAGAGGAGAAAAUUUAAAACAUUUUCUCAUUUGUCUGCAAAAAAAGAUGGAGUCAGUUUUUUUUUUAUUUUGUUGUUAUUGGAUGUUUUGUAUGUGUUUGUACCUGAAUUUAAGAAAAAAAUAUCAAAUAAAGUUUGU